AUGGCUAGCUCUGCCCAACCACCCUCGAUCUCGCCAGCGGCUGCGAACGAGCCGAACCCCCCCACAAACCAGGAGGACAAGACGAACAAUGCAGCAAGUGCAAACCCAAAGCCAAAGCAGCAACAGCAAAAACCAAAAACUGAAGCGCCCGCCGAUGGAUCCUCAGAGAAACUAUCGCCCGCCGAACUGAAGAAAAAGGCCAAGGCCGAAAAGGCCGCCAGACGAAUCAAAGAAAAGGCAGAGAGGGAGGCUACCGGAGGAGGAGGAGGAAGCAGUGCAGGCGCACAACAGCAACCUGCACAAGGAGGACCAUCAACUGCCCAAACUCCGAGAAAAGGAGGACAGGCCGGAGGAAAAGACGGGUUUGGUCCACCACAAAAGGGCCAACGGUACACGGGCGGGCCUCGACCGUCUGCGCCCGCGCCUGCAGAAGUGAAGACGAAGGAGGACAAGAAUGUGGCGGUAUUUGGACAUCUGUAUGGUGUUCCACGGAGGUCUACUAUCGCCGGCGCAGCAAAAGAGGUUCACCCCGCAGUGCUUGCGCUGGGUUUGCAGAUACGGGACUAUGUCAUUUGCGGCAGCAGUGCGCGAUGUGUCGCUACUUUGAUCGCGUUCAAGAGAGUCAUUGAAUCAUACACUACGCCCAUCGGAACCUCGCUGGCCCGCCACCUGACAACUCAUCUGUCCCACCAGAUCACGUACCUGUCUACGUGUCGCCCGCUCUCCAUCAGCCAGGGAAAUGCCAUCCGCGCGCUCAAACUGUCGAUCUCAUCGAUCGAUCCAUCCGUCCCCGAGGCGACUGCUAAAUCUGAUCUGUGCGAGUUUAUCGACAACUUUAUCCGCGAGAAAAUCACAGUCGCCGACCAAGUCAUUGCUAACAGCGCAGCGCAAAAAGUUCAAGACGGCGAUGUCAUUGUCACCUUUGCAGGGAGCUCUAUUGUGAAGCAGACGCUUCUCACUGCACACAAACAGGGCAAGAAAUUCCGCGUUUCGAUUAUUGAUUCUCGCCCCUUGUUCGAAGGCAAGAAUCUUGCGCGCGCUUUGUCGAAUGCCGGCCUGGAAGUCCAAUACUCCUUGAUUCACGGCAUUAGCCAUGCGGUCAAAGACGCGACAAAAGUUUUCCUUGGAGCGCAUGCCAUGACCGGCAAUGGCCGGUUGUACUCUCGUGUCGGCACUGCACUGGUUGCCAUGUCGGCCAAGGAACGAUCCGGCGGCGUCGAAAUCCCAGUCAUUGUGUGCUGCGAGACCGUCAAAUUCACAGACCGUGUCGCUCUGGACAGCAUUGUCGUCAACGAGGUUGCAGACGCCGACGAGCUUGUCACCAAGCAGCCGCUGCAACAAGUGACAGGCCUCCCAAACCCUGGCGGUGCCCCCGAGCCAAAAUCCGGUAAAAAAGGGGGCAGCAGCAGCAACAUCGUCGAUGGCCUUGCUAGCCUGAGUCUAUCCCAAAGCGCGCCUUCACCACUGGAGGAUUGGAGGGACACGCCUAAUCUGCAGCUGCUGAACAUUAUGCAUGAUGUGACUCCUGCUGAAUACGUCGACAUGGUCGUCACUGAAAUGGGAAGUUUGCCGCCUAGUGCUGUCCCCAUUGUCCAUCGCAUGAGCACCAAUUCUUGA